UUUUUUCCCCCUAUUUUUACUACAGGUGAAAGCUCUAAAAGAGAAGGUUGAGAAGGAGAAAGGUGGCGACUAUCCAGCAGUAGGCCAGAAGUUAAUUUAUGCAGGUAAAAUCCUUCAAGAUGACACAACCCUCGAAUCAUAUAACAUUGAUGACAAGAAGUUUUUAGUUAUUAUGGUAACAAAGCCCAAGGCACCUCCUCCGCCUGUUGGUCCAACUGACCCCACUAUUGUAGAAAGUGAGGAGACUCCUGCAGAGGAACCAACUGCCACCACUGAAUCUUCCUCACAGGUCCAAUCCAUCAUUGCUGGAUGCAUUCAUCCAGCAAAUUGGCCAAACAAAUCCGCAGCUACUUCAGGUGAUCCAGCAAAACCAGGAGGCCUUUGUGCGUAUGCUGAAUGAAGGUGGCAGUUCUGGAGGUGGUAGCACAGGAGGUGGUAGUGGUAAUCAAGGUGGAGAUGGCAGUGGUGGCCGUGCUGCUCCUGGACAAAAUGCAAUCCUUGUCUCCCCUCAGGAUAGAGAUGCCAUUGAAAGGCUGAAAGCUCUAGGUAAUUUCCCUGAAGAUGUGGUAAUCCAAGCUUACUUUGCCUGUGAGAAGAAUGAGAACCUCGCUGCAGAGUUUCUCUUCAGUCAGACUUGGGAUUAGGUUAUACUUGUACCCUCUCUUUAACAAAUUAUAAGUUAAUUUAGAAUAUGAAAUCUCUUGUUAAGUGCACAGCUAAGCUAUGGGCUGAUUUCCAGUGGCUUGUUAUCUCGAAAUUGUCCAAAGAAAGUCAAUUACAGAUUUUCAUAUAUCAAAACCUGAGUUCAUACAUGUUAGGAGACCCUGUGUUUGGUGCAGGUAACUGACCAGCACUAACUGUUAUGUGGUUGUAUGCUUCAAACACCUAUGCUGCCACUCCUUUGUGUAUAUAAUGUGUGUGAGAUCGCUUUCAUGCAGAUUCAAUAUGUUACUAUUAAGAGGUAAAAAGAAUUUGAGUUUUAAUUACCUUGUCCUAUGCUACUGACAUGACACUGGUAUCAGCUGGUAGUGCACUGUCCAGUGAUAGUGGGAAAGUUUUAUCUGAACUAUUUACAGGGAUUCCAUCAAACAAUAUUUUCUACUGUUUGUGUUCCCCAUUUAUGACUUUUUAGUCUGGAUUAACCUUAAUAAUUUUUUGAAAGAAAAGGAUUUAAGUUGCAUCUUAUGAGGUAAUUUCAGCCAUACAUCAUAGUCUUCAUAGGUGAUAUCCAUUAUGACAUAGAAAAGAUCAGACAAAUACAAGACUCAGGUUUGUGAAGGCAGUGACAUCAUAUAACUAUGUAUUCUAUCUUUUGCUUUACACACAUGUAUGGCGUAGCAGCUGGCUUGCCCUCUGAGUAAAGAAAAUUGCAGCAAAAGGCUUCUCUGUGAGAAACAAGAUUUGUAUAGUAUUACUUGCUCAAUUUUCAUAAUGUUUUGCUGUCAUUUGAUAUUUGUAUAAAAGUUUCUUGAAAGUUUCAUCCUUUAAAUUUGAGAUAAGUUAUUAAAUGUGGGACUGCUAUAUUUUUUGCUUAUGUUGGUAAGAUUUUAUGGUGAGCAGUUUUUUUUUUAAACUGCCAGCAGUUUCCUAAUAAGGUAUUCUUGUCCUGUCUGAAGCUUUUACAGCACAUUAGCAGCACACUUAUGAGUGAAACUGAGAAUUCAUGUUCAUUAUUAAGUUUCUGUUAGAGCUAGUUUCCCCCCUCCCUCCCCCACAUCUGUCCUUUAUGCAUGGAAUGUUGCUUGAGGCAUGCAGUGCAACAUUUGCUCUUAAAACUUCCUUGAAGAUUCAGAACACAUACAAAAAGUUAUAUUUCUCUGAGCACCUGCAGAUAUCUAGAUGAGGUUAGAAGAAAAAAAGUGUUGAGGGUAAGUAAGUAAUGGUUAAUGUCAUAAAACAGCAGUUUAAUGAUAGUGAUAAUGACUCUAAAGAGAAAGGAUAUCCAUUCAAAACAAAGACUAAGGUGUGUAAGAAAUUUACCAGCAAAAUAAUUUUAACUUGAAAAAAAUAUGGGUUUCCUCUAUAUAUUCUGUCCGAGCUUCUGGCGCUCUCUACUCAUUACCUCAGCUGCUCAUGAGUUCUGCCAUUGGUGUGCUAAAUGCCAGAAGCGUUAAUAUCACCCAGAUAGAAUAAGUUGCCACUCAUGCUCUCCCUAGGCCUUACUUUAAUAGGGAAGCAUUUUGUAAAAAUAUUUGUUAAUAUUUCUUGUGAAGAGGAAUACAACCAGCAGGUUAA